AUGAAAUCAAAUUUAAGGGAAUUAUAUCAUGUAGAAGAAAAUUAAAAAGGCUUUAUAGCUUAAGGCGCAUUCUCACAUGUCUAUGCAUGUAGGAGGAAAAAUGGAAAUUAACAGGAACCUUUGUGUGUAAAGAUUAUCAAAAAAAAAAUUUAUACAAUGAAUCGAACUUUAUAAGAGAUUGAAAUAUUGAAUGAAAUAAAACAGCUCAAAUCUGAGAAUCUUUUGCAUAUAGAUCACAUUAGUGAAUCUGAAUCACAAUUUGAAGUAGUAAUGGAAAGGUGUGAUAUGGAUUUAGAAUAAGAGUUCAAACUUUUAAAAUCGAAAAACAAGUGGUACACUGAGUAAGAUUGCUUAAAUAUUGUAACAUAAAUUAUGAAUGGAAUCCGUGUUUUAUAUAAUAAGAAUAUUAUUCAUAGAGAUAUCAAACCUGCUAAUAUUUUAGUGAAAAUUAUUAAUACAGAUAAGAAUGAGCAAAAGAGAGUCUACUAAAUUGCAGAUUUUGGAUUUAGUAGAAUUUUGAACGAUUUUUGUGGUGUUGAUUAUUAUACUUAAUUGGGAACUCCACUUUAUGCUUCUCCAUAAAUCUUUGGCUCAGAACCUUAUUCAGGUAAAUGUGACAUAUACUCUCUCGGGAUUUUAUUUUAUUAAUUAUUUUUUGAAGGUAAUAUGCCUAAUUAAUUGUAAACAAAAGGAGAUCUCUUAAAUUUCCAUAAGACCCUCGAAAAUAAAUAGUUUAAAUUUAAUUCUCCAAAAUAUCAUAAUGCAAAACUUAUAACUCAUUUGCUCUAAUUGAUGAUCGUCUAUAAGGAAGAGGAGAGAAUAUCGUUUGAACAAAUUUUUUAACACCAAAUUCUUAAAAUCAAAAUUUCAUUUAAUUAUUCUGAUUCAAUAUUCAGUGAAGUUUAGUAGGGCGAUUGUCUCAAUAAACUAUACGCAAUGCAAUUAUAAUUAUACCGGAAAUACCUGUUUUAUAAAUCGGUUUCUUAAAAAUUAGUUUAAUCUCAGUAAAUUGAGGUGCAAGCUGCUUUAUAUUGUUUAACGUAAUUAGGAUUUAAAUAACUUCAUUUUUGCUUAGGCUUCAUUCAUAUUAUAAUAUCUGAUAUUCAUCCUCAUUUCAACAAAGAUAAUAUAUACCCCUUAUUGUAAGAAUUGAAGUUAUGCGAAAUGAAUAUAGACAAACAUCCUUAAUAUUAGUUGCUAAUCAAAAUAAUAAAACAAAAAUAUUAUUCUGAAAAGGGGGAUUUGUAAAAAUAAAUGAACUAAUUGGAAACUGAACAGAACUCUAAUACAUAGAAGAGUGAAUCUAUGAGGACUUUUAUGGAAAUUUUUCAAUUAAGUAAAAGUGCAAAUAUUGAACAAAAGUAGCUAACCGACCUACUUCAAUUAUUUUUAGAAUAAAAACUUUUAAUUGGAUUUGAAGCUGAUAUCAAGAAGUCAAUACUUUUGGAAGAGAGAUUUCCAAUUCAAAAUAGUUAAGAUAUCAAUCCAGAUGACAUUUUUAAAGUCUGA